AUUUUGUUAUAUCCUCUAGGUAUAUGCUUCUUUGCAUAUAUUCUAUAAUUAGUCAUUAUCGGUUUUAAAUAAAGUUCUGCGACUACGAUUUGAGAUACGACUUAUAUUUUUUUCCUGUUGUUGAAACUACAAUGCGACUAUAAUUGAGUCUUAUAGACCAUAUUUAACUAUGAUUCUCUGAAAAUGAAUGAUCGCGACGCGGCCACAACCGUUUAUGCGAUAGUUAAGAGUCUUACAUUAGAUGAAAUAAAAUCUGAUAAAGUAUUUAUAAGUGAUGGAUGUUGCAUAUAUAUUGAAAGUUUGAAGCUGAAUUCAAUCAAUUCAAGGCAAAGAAACAAAACAUGGAUGAUGGAAAUUCUGAUGAGAGUUCUUCAAAACUUUCAGAUAAUGUUUUAUUUCCAAAUCAAGAAUCAUGUAGCAAUUUUCAAGCUUCAAAAACAUGUACACACACUCACACAUGUAAUACUUUAGAUGCUAUUCACACACACACAUGCUAUCACACACACACUCAACUUUUUGACACAAAUUCAAUGCCAAAAAGGGCUUCUGGCAAUAAAGAAGCUGUUAAAAAGUAUAGAGAGAAGAAGAAAGCAGAAACAGCUUAUUUGGAAGAAGAAGUUAAGAAAUUGCGUUUGGUUAAUCAACAAUUGGUUAGGAAACUACAAGGAAAACAACUACUUGAAGCAGAGUUGUUAAGGUUAAGGAAGAUUUUGGCUCAAGUUAAGGGAAAAAUUGAUAGUGAAAAAUUGCCUACUUUACAUCCACAUGAAUAAUUGAUAAUUUCAUGUCAUCUACAUCUCAAGAUGAAUAAUUGAAAACACAAGUUAUGUGAAAUUGGAUUUUUUGCUUUUGAUAUUCUGCUGCAUUCACGCAGUUUGGAGACAUUAGUGGUCGUCUGAUUUUGAUCAGACGGUUCAAAUGUAGACUUUAAUUUUUAUUUUAAAGUUUUAAAAUACCAAGUUUUAAUCUGAAUCGUCUGAUCUUGUUCAAAGGGCUACUAAUGUUCGAUUGCGUGAAAAUUCGAAUGCAGCCAAGCCUGGUUCCAAGUAUGUUCUGUGAGUUACUCAUCAGUUGCUAUCACUGAUUACAUUUGUGGUGCUGUGUUGAGAUUGGAUUAGGUACAUAGAGUGGGAUGAGAUUAGGUACAUAUAUUUAAAGUUUAAAUAUGUUUUUGUUAAUGUAUAUAUACCAUUUUUUCUUUUAGUUCCACUAAUUUUGUGUUUGUUUUUAGUGUUUGCAAAUGUAUUAGUUUUUAUUUUUUAUCUUUGUUAUUUUGUCUCUUCAACACUUAUUUAUGUUAAAAGGGAUCUUGGUAAUA